AUGCGAUACAGCACCGUCUUGGCAGCGCUGGCUCUGCUCGGCACUUCGGCAGUUAGUGUCUUGGCAGCUCUCCCUGAUCAGAUUGAUGUCAAGGUCAAGAACUUGACGCCGGAGGACACAAUCUAUGACCGUACUCGCCAGGUGUUCUACCAAUCGAAUCUGUACAAAGGCCGCAUUGAGGUCUACAACCCAAAGACCCAGUCACACUUUAAUGUGGUCAUUGACGGUGCCUCGUCCAAUGGCGAUGGUGAGCAGCAGAUGUCGGGACUGUCUCUCCUGACCCACGACAACUCGAAGCGUUUGUUCGCUGUUAUGAAGAAUGCGAAGUCGUUCAACUUUGCCGACCAGUCGAGCCAUGGUGCAAGCUCGUUCCACAGCUUCAACCUCCCUCUCUCGGAGAACAGCAAGCCUGUCUGGUCUGUAAACUUCGAGAAGGUCCAGGACGAGUUUGAAAAGAAGGCUGGCAAGCGCCCCUUCGGUGUGGUGCAGUCGGCUCAGGACCGUGAUGGCAACUCUUACGUGGCCUUUGCACUGGGUAUGCCGGCCAUUGCCCGUGUGAGUGCUGAUGGAAAGACGGUGAGCACCUUUGCCUGGGAAUCGGGCAAUGGAGGUCAGCGUCCCGGGUACUCAGGUAUCACGUUCGACCCUCACUCGAACAAGCUGAUCGCGUUUGGUGGCCCUCGCGCCCUGACUGCCUUCGAUGUGAGCAAGCCUUAUGCAUGGCCGGAGCCUGUUAAGAUUAACGGCGACUUUGGCACGCUUUCGGGUACCGAGAAGAUUGUUACGGUCCCGGUAGGCAAUGAGAGUGUGCUGGUGGGUGCUCGCGCCCCCUACGCCAUUUCGUUCCGUUCGUGGGACAACUGGAAGUCGGCCAACAUCAAGAAGACCAAGCGUUCGGAGCUGCAGAACAGUGGCUUUACUGCCGUCGCCGACUACUACCAAGGCUCCGAGCAAGGUCUCUACGCUGUGAGCGCCUUCUUCGACAACGGCGCGCAUGGCGGCCGCAGCGACUACCCCUUGUACAAGCUUGACAACAGCAUCCUGAACUUUUAA